GUCCAAAACUGAGAUAGGGAGAAGCAUCAGCUGAUAGACAUAGUCAUCACCAGUCAACAAUGGAGGCAGAGGGCAGUUCCCAAGCCUCUGCGGCGGCAUCAGAGUCCCAAGCCACCAGCGAACGCAUCAAGCUCAACGUCGGCGGCAAGCUCUUCGAGACAACCCUCUCGACCAUCCGGUCCGCCGGUCCAGACUCCCUCCUCUUUGUCCUCUCGAACCGCCCCGCCAACGACCCCAACCCGGUUUUCAUAGACCGGGACCCCGAAAUCUUCUCCGUCCUCCUCUCCCUCCUGCGCACCAAUCAGAUCCCCUCCGCCGCCCGUCGCUUCUCCACACAGGAGCUUGCUGACGAGGCCGCCUUUUACGGCAUAGACUCCCACUUCCGCUCUGCCGCCGCUCCCCCGCCCUUCUCCGGCAUCGAUGCUUCCAUCGUCAAGUCCAUCAGUCCCGCCUCCGAGGGUCUCCCUUCCACCUUUGCCGUCGCCGACAACGGCGCGGUCUGGAUCGCGCACGGCGGCCAGAUCUCCAGCUAUGACUGGAGCCUCGCCCACACCGGCACUCUCCGUACUCACCUCGACGAGAUCGACUCCAUCUGCCGCGUAUGGACGGAGAUCGCUGCCGUCGGAUCGGAAUCCGAUGCCGGACUUCAUUUCUACGACUUCUCAAGCAGCCGCCACGUUGGAUCCGUACACUGGACCGAUCCUUCAGAUCCUCGCAUAUUCAAGGCUCGCGUUAACGCCAUAACCGCCUCGGAAACCUCCGUGUUCGCCUCGUUCGAUUGUCCUCACCGCGAGAACAUUGUUCUCGAGAUCGACAAAGAGAGGAUCCAGAUUGUAUCGCAGUUAGGGCGCCAAUCGGGGAACCAGGCAAAGCACAUGGUUCCGUCGAAGCUGACGUUUGUUCCGGCAACCGGAGUUCUCGUCGGAACCGCCAUCACGAGCGGCGCGUUCGGCUACUCCGGUUACAUACGGAUUUGGGACCCCAGGUCCAGAGACGUGGUUUGGGAGACAAACGAGCCUGGUGCGGGUCGGAGUAGCAGGUUCGGAGACUCAUUUGCUGACGUGGAUGUUGACGCGGAAGGGUUAUCGAUUUUCAAGCUGUGUUCUAAGUCUGGGGAUUUGGGUAUGGCUGACAUGAGGCGUUUGGGGGAUGAUCCUUGGGUUUAUUUGGAGGAGAAGAACCCUAGCAUGGUAAAUUAUGGUGGUGAAGUGAAUAAUUUGUUGGUGCAUUGUUGUUGGGGGCAAGUGUUUGUUGGAAGAGGUGGAAGCUUGGAGGUUUGGUCAAGGGUUCAAGGUCAUGGUGGCAGCGGUGAAGGCGAGAGCGGGCGUGAAGGGUUGUUUCGGAGGAACUUCGUGGAUAAGAGGGGUGAUUCAGAGAGAGGGGAUAUAAAGAAGAUUGAAGGUGGUGGGGAUAGGUUGUUUGUUAGUAGGGAAGGUGUUGAAGGUAUUGAAGUGUGGGAGAGUUCUCAUACUUCUGGAGCUGUUCCUGUUUCAUGACCCCUCCCCAUGGAUUAGGGGCCUUUCUUUCUCAACAUUUUAGGUAGGGGUUUCUUGUUUUGUAAGAUUCAUAUAUUUUUUAUCCUUCUGAUGAUUCAAUGAGAAACUGUUUAGUUAGUUAUAGUGCUGAUAUUUGUCAGCUGUAUACACUUGAAUAAUUUAUAAUAAGAUGCAAUUUCCCUUACGGU